CGCGUCGCGCAGUUGCCGCGGGCCGAAAUAUUCAAACUAUUUUCAAAGUCGACUGAUCAAUGAGCUUUGACGGCGAAAGAUCGUGAGACAAGAGACAACAAUGACACUUAGUGACAUUUCUUAGUGAUUACUAUUGAUAAAACAGUGAAGUCUCUGAACCUAAUGAACAGUGUCAUUAGUGAGGUUGACAUGUACUAAAGGAAUUCAAAUUUAGAAAGGAUUUACAAUAGUGUUACAGUGACCUAAGUAGAGUUAAGACGAGACACAGUUCUGAAAGUGAUUAUAUAACCAGAGGCAAUAAAAUCUUCAGCAAUGAUUGUGCAAGAUCCGGAACACUAUAUUCCAAGAGGCAACCGCGACUGUUAACAUGUCACAGCGUGUCGCAUCGCCUCUCUCAACCAAGCAAGCUAUGCGCAGAAGUAAACCCCCGGAUAUUUUCAAAAGACUUAGAAACGUAAUAAUAUUAAGUUUCCAAAGAGUAAUAAACAGUGACAUAGAGAAAGGUAGAAUCGUACGAAGAACUCUGAAUACCAGUAUAUUUCGAAGUGUAAGAAUAAAUAAUCAAUCAAAACCAAUCAUUGCGUAGUACAACGCAGGCAGUAAAUUAUACAUGCAUGUAAAAGCUUCUGGAGUUGUAAGCAAAAUUAUCAAAUUUGAUUUGAUUUACCUUUAGUAACAGGUGGUUGAAUAAGAAGUAGCGAUAAAACCAACAGAAACAUAUGCAUCAAAAAAUAGUCAGAAACUAAUCGAACUUUUAGAAUAAUUAACAAAAUAUAAUUAAGUUCAUUAAUAAUAUUAUAUUUAAGAGGCAGAGUUCCAGGAGAAAACAAUGGGUAUCCAAGUUUUAUUAGCGUCAACAGCUCUAAAGACGGUGAGCGUAACUGGCCUAUGGUUAAUACCACUUUUACUAGGAGCAUUCACAUAUCACAAUUAUAAUUCAUAUGACCCCGAAGCUAAAGUCUUGGACAAGGAACCUAAAAAAGAAUAUGACUUUAUAGUCAUUGGAGGAGGAUCUGCGGGUGCGGUGGUUGCAAACCGUUUGACAGAAGUUAAGAAUUGGAAUUUGCUUUUGUUAGAAAGUGGACCUGACGAAAACGAGAUCACAGACGUCCCUUCGUUAGCGGGAUAUUUACAGUUAACGAAGCUGGACUGGCAAUACAAGACAGAACCCACCGCAUUCGCAUGCUUAGGUUUCAAAAAACACCGAUGCAGCUGGCCAAGGGGCAAGGUUCUCGGCGGUUCAAGUGUAUUGAACUACAUGAUUUACGUCAGAGGGAAUCGAUACGACUUCGACCAAUGGGAAUCUUUCGGAAAUCCAGGCUGGGCAUACAAAGACGUGCUUAAAUACUUUAUCAAAUCUGAAGACAAUAGGAAUCCCUAUUUGGCAAAAAGUAAAUACCACGGAAGGGGAGGCUUUUUAACUGUCCAAGAGGCUCCCUGGAGGACACCCUUGGUAGCAGCAUUUGUUGAAUCGGGUGUUGAAAUUGGAUAUGAAAACAGAGAUAUUAAUGGAGAAUAUCAAACCGGCUUCAUGAUAGCACAAGGAACUAUAAGACGAGGAUCAAGAUGUAGUACAGCGAAAGCAUUCUUGAGACCAAUAAGGACGCGACGGAAUCUUGAUGUAUCUCUUAAUUCCCAAGCAACAAGAAUCUUAAUAAAUCCUGUGACAAUGAAAGCGUACGGUGUUGAAUAUGUAAAACAUGGUGUCAAAAAAGUCGUGUACGCAAGAAAGGAAGUUAUAUUAUCUGCUGGUGCUAUUAAUAGCCCACAAUUAUUAAUGUUGUCUGGAGUCGGUCCAAAGAAUCAUUUAAAAGACGUUGGAAUACGGGUUUUAAAAGAUUUACCUGUAGGGGAUAACUUGCAAGACCAUGUAGGUGCGGGAGGGUUAACAUUUCUAGUCGACAAACCAGUUGCUAUUGUUCAAAAUCGCUUGCAGGCUUUCCCUGUAACGAUGAAUUAUGUUGUCAAUGAAAGAGGGCCAAUGACUACUUUAGGUGGGCUGGAGGGUGUGGCAUUCGUAAAUACUAAAUAUGCUAAUAGUUCAGGCUUAUGGCCUGAUAUUCAAUUUCACAUGGCUCCAGCAUCGUUUUCGUCAGACAAUGGUCAAAUUGUAAGAAAAAUAUUGGGUCUUACCGAAGAAAUCUAUGACACAGUAUAUAAACCUAUAGCGAAUAAAGAUGCUUGGACCAUAAUGCCACUUUUAUUGCGUCCAAAUACUAGAGGUUAUGUUAGAUUGAAAAGUUCAAAUCCAUUUGACUACCCAAUUAUGAAUCCGCGAUAUCACGAAGAUCGUUUAGAUGUUAAUCGUCUUAUCGAAGGUAUAAAAAUAGCUUUGAAAGUAGCAAACGCUUCCCCUUUCAAGCAAUUCGGAUCAAGGUUGUAUAUGAAGCCGUUGCCUAACUGUAAACAUCUUAAAUUCAUGUCAGAUGAAUAUAUUGAAUGCCAAGUGAGGACAAUAAGUAUGACAAUAUACCAUCAAUGUGGAACAGCAAAAAUGGGGCCAUCCUGGGAUCCUGGAGCAGUUGUCGACCCUAGAUUACGUGUGCAUGGUAUUGAAGGACUUAGAGUUAUAGAUGCUAGUAUAAUGCCAACUAUUGUAAGUGGUAAUACGAAUGCAGCUGUUAUAAUGAUUGGUGAAAAGGGAUCCGACUUAAUAAAAGAUGAUUGGUUGCAAAGAAAAAGAUGACGAAAGUUAUAUUUUGUAAAUACUUGUAGAAUAAGUAGUAGUUAAUAAUUGUUACCGAAGACCAAAAUACUGUAAUAUUAGGAAAAUACUUAAUUUUAUUGUAAAUAAUAGAAAUUGUUGUAAGAUUAACACCAAAUGGUAUAAGUGCUUCUAUAGGUCCAUGAUGUAACGGAAAAACUGUGACUGUGUGUUUUACAAAUUUCGCUUACAAUAAAUAUCACGUCAGAAAUAUCAAAAUUAUGUAUCAAUAUAAACA